AUGCAACAGCAACAAAGGCAGAAUCGAGGAAACCAGCAAGGAGGAAACUUUGUAAAUGAGUGGAAAGGAAGAUGUUUCAGAUGUGGUCAACAGGGGCAUCGUCGAAGUGAGUGUCCUCAAGGUGGAGAGUAUUUUAUGGAUCAGCGAGGGGCACAACAAUACAGCAGAUGCCAACCUGGGCAAGGUUCUAAGCCUACUCAAACUACUCAGACCAACAAGGGGCAGGCACAAGCCUCUAAGAAUGCAAGCCGACCAAGAACACAACCACAAGGAGCUGGAAAUAGGAAGAAACCAGGAGAGACUAACCAACAAGCAGUAGGGAGAAUGUAUGCUCUCCAAGAAGAAGAAGAUGUUAAUAACCCAUCAGUGAUUCAAGGUAUGUUAAUCCUUAUGAAUUCUUGGGUUAAAGUACUGUUUGAUUCUGGAGCUUCGCAUUCUUUUAUAUCCACUGCAUGUGUGACAAGUUUGGGUCUAGAGCCAGAGACGCUAGGGAUAGCUAUGAGGGUCGCUUCGCCCUUAGGAGGUCAAACCCGAGUAAAUCUAGUAUGUAAAUCUUGCGAGCUAGAAAUCUCCGGUUCACAUUUGAUCUGUGAUCUAAGAGUUAUGGAUAUGUCUGAUUUUGACGUCAUCCUAGGAAUGGACUGGUUGUCAGUUCAUCGAGCCAUUAUUGAUUGUUACUGUAAGACAGUGACAACAUCCUCCCUUAACGGCACGAAAGUUCAAUUUAAAGGGGAUAGACAAGAUUCUCUAACUCCAACGUGUCGCAAGUCGUGA